AUGGCCCAUGCGGCAGCCGUCGACCCGGGAGAAUCAACGCCGGCCACCGCCGCGACGCCGCGCGCCGGCCCCGCUCGGCCGGAUCCCGCGCGCCGCCUCCCCGUCACCCCGCGCAAGCUAGGGUUUACUCCGUUCCGCGGCCCUCCUCCCCCUCCUCCUCAAGAGCGAGCACUGACAGAUUCAUCAGAGGAGAUUCAGACUCCUGAAUGGAAACCUUAUGCCGGAUCUCAAGCUGUUCCAGAUACCGAGGGUGUGAGGACACCUGGAAGUUCACUUAAGAACACCUGUGAAGCUUUGGCGCAUGAAGCGUUCACCGAUGAACAGCGUGCGCAGUUGUAUGCACAUAUAUUAAUAACUGCAGAUCUUGAACAGGGAAAACCACCAUCAAAGGCCGCCAUGGUUCUGGCCUUUGGACAACCUGUGGAGGGUCAGAAACAUGCAUGGGAGGAGGUUUGGCGUGCUGCUCUUGACAGAUACCAGAACCAAAUGUCACCACUGGGCUUUGAGACACCUUUUAGUUCCCAGAAGAAUGGCCCGUUAGAACCAUCUCCUAUCAGCAUGAAGAAUCUUGAGGAGUUUGAGCUGAAGGAGGCACAUUCAGAACUCGUUGACGCACAGGCUACCAAAUGGCAGAACCAGAAGUCACCAGUGACUGGCUUUGAGACACCCAUCAAGUCUGUGAUAGGUAAUUGCACAGCUCAAGGUUUGGAUGUUCAGAAUGGCGGAGAGGUUCAGCUGGUAGUCAGUUGUGCCGACAAAGUUGAUCAAGAGCCACCUGAUGGCAGAAAGAUAAUGAGUACAAUGUAUGGUAGGCUAGAGUCUGUUUGCGGCAGCACUCCCUUGGAAAGUUCAGAAAGCUUGACGGAACAGGACUCAUGUGUGAAAUGCGGUAAAGAUGGGCAGCUGCUGAAAUGUUCCAGCUGCUUCUUAGCCGCCCAUGCUACCUGUUUUGGUUCAUCGGUGACAUUCGAUGACUCUGGCCAUUUUGAUUGCCCUGUUUGCUAUUGCCAUAAAGCUGAUAAAGCAUUGGAAAGGGCUAAGAAAACAUAUUCUGAAGCUAGGAAAAGUUUAUCUGUUUUCUGCAGCGGCUGGAAGCAAUUUUGUAAGGAACCCAGUGAGCAAUCUACUGGAAAUCAGCAAAGACCUGCUAACUUUGAGGAUCAGAUGAAUGGCUUUCACACAGCUAAAAAGCAAGGUAACCGUCAGUCUGAAGCAGCUGAGCUAUGUCGCAUGGACGAAGAGCCUAGUCAUCUGCGUUCCGGCUUUGUUUCGUUUUUUGUUGUCACUCAAAGAGGUGGUUUUUUCUAUUUUCUUUUGGUUUUCUGUGUUAUGUUUGGUUUUUGUUUUUUUCUCCAUUUUUAAUUCUAUAAUUUCUCCUUUUCAGAUUUGUUUUCCCUUAUGGGCUUUCAUGGGCUUUUUAAUACAUCUUGAUUUUUUUUGUA